AUGGAGCCACCCAGAGCUGAGGCAACAGAGGUUGAGAAGCCAAACCUCGCAAUCGGGAAGAGACAGCAAGCGAAAGAUGAUGCAUCCGCCCAAGUCGCCGCCGUCCUUGAGCAAGAGAUUGAGGUUGAUCCACACGGCAAGUAUGGCAUCUUGAACUACGUCUGGGACGAUGACAUGAGCCUGGAGGAUCAGGUGAAAUAUCUCAAGGCUCGAGUCAGGGACCUCGAGAUAUUUGCUGGCAAUACCAUGAGGACUGCCGAUUAUCUCAAAGGGGAUUUCCUGGAGUGGGAUAUUGUUCUAGCUUCACACUUCCCGAGAGAAUUUGAAACUACUCUGUAUGAGGCAUGGAAUUGGAGUGUGCUAUGGGCGGGUAGUGAUAUCACUGCCUUAAUCAAGCAGCAGAAGGAGCAGGUGAUUACAUCCUUGGAUGGGUAUAUUGUGCAGGAAGACUUUGAUAGCAUCCAUGCCCGCCUUCACCCUGAGAUGCAAUCCCGGUUCCUCAUGGCCUUGACUGAAGCAUUCCUGAACAAAACAGUCGAUGAUAACCACGAGGAUGUGACCUGGGAUGGCGUAUCCCCGCUGGGACAAAAACUGGGCAAGUUGCACGGAAGAUUCCAGCAAGUCGCCAAUGAAUAUUCCCAGGUCUGGCGAUCCGUGACGAGCCGCCUCUGCAACUCAACGCGAAUGGGGCAGACCAAGGACUUCACCUUCGGCAAGGCAAUCCAAGCCCGCCGCAACGCGAAGUGCAAAGCCCUGGCGAGGAACUUGCUGGAAAAUGAAACAUUUCUCUGUCUCCUGAAGCCCACCGAGGAGACCGACCAACGAGAGGGCAACCUUGUCUGGAUACUACAGCACAUCUCCCAAUCCGCUGUCGAUAUGCAGGCGCAGGUCCCGAUUUUGGGAUUCAAAACCCUCGGUGAUCUUGGUGAUCGGUUUGAAGGCUCGUCUGAUACCUUCGAGGCACUGCCAUUCUGCUUUCCGGGGCUUCAUGAGGGGAAAAGCAGGCUUGAUGGACACCGAGUCCUUGGGAUAACCUGCCCGUAUGUGUUCAGAACGGUCAAUUGCCCGGAGUACGAGAAGGAGAUCGAGUUGGUACACAAGGCAAAGGCUUUGAUCGAGGAUAAUCCCCCGGGAAAAGAACGACCAGCAAAGAAACGCAAGGUGUGA